CAACUUCCUACCUCCUUCUUCCUUCCGGUGCCCAGUCCUGCCUCCAGCACCUACCUGACUGCACAGUUAGUAGAGAGAAUUGUGUCCUGAGUCAGGCAUGGGUCUUAACUCCCACUCUUUGUCUCUCCAGCCUCAUGCUAGGUACCUUGUAUGUUGGUGCUUGAACCUGCAGAAAACAAGUCCUGAGGUGUUUCCUGCAACAAAAGCCUUUUCACCCUGAAUCCGGCUUCAUAGAAGAUGCACUAUUAUAGAUACUCUAACGCUGAAGUCAGCUGCUGGUACAAGUACCUCCUCUUCAGUUACAACAUCGUCUUCUGGUUGGCUGGAGUUGCCUUCCUUGGAGCCGGACUGUGGGCAUGGAGCGAAAAGGGGGUGCUGUCCGACCUCACCAAAGUGACCCGACUGCAUGGAAUCGACCCUGUCGUUCUGGUGCUGAUGGUGGGCGUGGUGAUGUUCACACUGGGGUUUGCUGGCUGCGUGGGGGCCCUGCGGGAAAACAUCUGCCUGCUCAAAUUUUUCUGCGGCACCAUCGUGCUCAUCUUCUUCCUGGAGUUGGCCGUGGCUGUGCUGGCCUUCUUAUUCCAGGACUGGGUGAGGGACCGGUUCCGGGAGUUCUUCGAGAGCAACAUCAGAGCCUACCGGGACGACAUUGACCUGCAGAACCUCAUCGACUCCCUUCAGAAAGCCAACCAGUGCUGCGGGGCUUAUGGCCCUGAAGACUGGGACCUCAAUGUCUACUUCAACUGCAGCGGUGCCAGCUACAGCCGUGAGAAGUGUGGGGUGCCCUUCUCCUGCUGCGUGCCAGACCCUGCGCAAAAAGUUGUGAACACGCAGUGUGGAUAUGAUGUCAGGACUCAGCUGAAGAGCAAGUGGGACGAGUUCAUCUUCACGAAAGGCUGUAUCCAGGCGCUGGAGGGCUGGCUCCCACGGAAUAUUUACAUCGUGGCUGGCAUCUUCAUCGCCAUCUCACUGCUGCAGAUAUUUGGCAUCUUCCUGGCAAAGACCCUGAUCUCAGACAUUGAGGCAGUGAAAGAUGGCCAUCACUUCUGAGGAGCCGAGGUGAGCAAGCAGAGCUGAGCCACACUGUGGAGGCCAGAGCCCUCCACUGUCGUCAACGUUAACGUCCAGAGGGAGAGAAGCGGAUGCCCCCUCACCAGAGCCAGCGCCUUGUCUUCAGCAUCAGUGUGACAUGACCUCUUUGAUCCUGCUGAAGACCGAGAGGCCUCUCCUUAACUGAAGGAACUUGUGACUAAGAUCCCUGCUGGGGUCUACCCAGAGACAGAAUGUCAUUAGGUGGGGGUGGUAACUGAGGGACAGCUGGCUCCUGUGGCUGCAAGGACAGUUUGACUCAGUCCCCCAGGAGCCCAAGUGUGUCUGCAGGGCUCACUGGCCUCCUCACCACUUGAGACAUUAGUGCUGACCUAGGAGCAGCCAUGUCUUUUGUGAGCG